AUGAGGUUAAAUUUGUCUGUUUCAGGUGAAAAGAACAUGGUUCCUGAGAACUUGCCAAUGGGGAUUUUGUUCUUUUCGCAAACAGCUGUUGGAAUUCUUGGCAAUUGGUCAGUUCUUCUUCCUUAUAUCAUGUCUGUAUUCACGGGAAAAAGUCUGAUGCCCAAAGACCAGAUUUUAAGGCAUCUGACUUUAGCCAAUUCCUUGGUCAUUAUCUCAAGAGUAAUUCCUCACAUAAUGGUACACCUGGGCUUGCGAUAUCUCCUUGGUGACCUUUUAUGUAAACUCACUCUCUACAGUAAUCGAGUGGCCCGGGCCAUUUCCCUGCACUGCACCUGCCUCUUGAGUUGCUUCCAAGCAAUCACAAUCAGCCCCAGCAACUCCAGGUGGAUGAAACUUAAAGACUCAGUCUCAAAGUACAUGGUUCUGUCCUGCUCACUCAGCUGGCUUAUACAUCCUCUUCUAAACAGCAGAACAACUAUAGGUGUAAUUGGUCCUCAUAAUAACAAUAACGUUACUAAGAAAAUCAAGUUAGGGUACUGCCUAGCAUUUGUUUUUGACAAUACUGUAACUUUACUAAACCUGUCAUUGCUUUGUUUCACUGAUGGUCUGUAUUUAUGUCUCAUGAUCUGGGCCAGUGUCUUCAUGGUAAGCAUCCUCUGUAGGCACAAGAGUCAGUUAAAGCACAUCCACAGUGCACAACACACCCUCAGAGUCUCACCUGAAGACAGAGCCACAAAAACCAUCUUGACCCUUGUCUGUACCUUUGUCCUCUCCUACUCAAUGUCCUUCAUAUUAGUUAUCUAUACUGUGGCAUUUGACAAUCCAAGGCUGUGGAUGAUCAACAUAUUUACAUUCCUAGACACAUGCUUUCCCACAUUUUGCCCUUUUAUCCUCAUCCGUAAUGACAAAUCAGCUCCCAAGAAUCAUUUUCCCUGCUGUAGGAGAAGGUAA